AAAUUGGUCCGAUUGUUUCAGGCUGAAAGGGACAAGCUGGAGGAGACCCGGCGGUCGUUGGAAAAGCGGCUGGAGGGUUGCGAGGCAGAACUGCGUGGCAAGGAGGAUGAGCUGUUCCUGCAGCUGGAGCGGAGCCUUCGCUUGGAGGAAGAGAUGGAAAGAGCGAAAACGGAGCGCGACGGUUGCCUGGCUGCGAGGGAUCGGCUGGAGAGGCAACGCGAGGUAGCGUUGCGCCGUCUGCAGAUGCAACUGGCGCAAAACGAGAUCACCAGGCAGACUCUCGAACGAGCACGUCAGGACGUUGUCAGGCAGGCCACUGUUAUCCGUGCCGAACGCGAUGCUCUUGAAAGAGAGAAUGAAGUUUUAAAAGAGAAGCUGCGUAUAGAACAAGGAGAAUUGGGCGAAGAGAGGCGUAGACGGGAGGAGGGUGUUGCUGCACUGACUCGAGAAACGAUUACGUUGAGACACGCUGCUAGACACCUUCGUGCAGCGACUCUACACGCUACAUCUUGCCGCCGUCGACGACGGUGUUCCGUAUGUUUGUACGCCAGACGCACGUUUGCCGAGAUUGACGAUUAUCGCGACGAUGGAAAUCUUUUCAAGUGCCUUCAAGCGCCGCUGCAAGAUCUGCGUACCUGGUUGCGACCUAGCGCAACGUCUGCGACACCGACAUCGCGCAGACAGAGGACCAGCUCACCGUUGGCCGAUCAAGAGAUAAGUUUCAUCGACGACUCCAGCGUGGACAGCAGUGCCGGUGGAAGCAACGGUAGCAACAGCAGCACCACCAGUAGUAACAGUGCGUCUGACGACGAGGCAUAUCCGAGUACUCCUGUUGCGGAGAUAUCGCUUUCAUCGGCCAACUCGAGCGCGCCAGCUACCGCGAGAGCCUUUUCAUCCGAUUCAGGGUUUUCUUCGGAAAUUGGAGAUCGACGAUCACGAUGUUACGAAAAUGGGGGUAGUAGCACCAGCAGCAGCAGCGGCAAAAGCAGGAAGAUCAGCGAGUCGCUUAGCUGCAGCGAGCCGGACGAGCAAAGUACCACGGGGUUCAGUCGGUCGAGAUGGACCUCCUCUUUUCGCAAGUUACUUGGACGGAAGCCAAAGACCAAGUCCACGCCUGACCGCUCCUCGUGAAAAGCCCAAGACUUGAGAAUCAUGAGAGAAAGAAACCGCGUUGUUUCACGCUCGAAACGCGUCGUGAAAUUUUUAGUGCUCCCGCCCUUUUUCUGCUGCCGCGUCGUUGAUCCGUCGAAAAUUACUCGCUUGAUCGGUAAAACAUUCCAAAACGAGUCCGUUCGCGGUCGAAAAAACAACUCGAUACUGCCAACAUGAUCGAUACGAUGCGAUGUAAUCCUAGAUUUCUUCCUAGUAAUAACAUCGAAUUAAAGACUAUAGAUUUCCAAUGACGUACGUCGGUAUAGAAAACUUAUCCUCGCAAGUGAUCGUUACGACCGUUUCACUUAGUAGUUCACUUACUUUCUCGUAUCUAAUGUAUCUUGGCUAAAGUGUCGGUUCUUAAUAUUCCCGAUACUAAGUAGGAAUUGAAAUUUUCACCAUUAUUAUUGCGAACGAUCGAUCGAAUUAAACUGAAUUACGCACGAUUAAGAAGAGAAGCUUUAAGAAGAGAAGCUCUGUUAAAUUAUUAGAGUUCGAUGUGAAAUUUUGUAGAAAUGUCCUGUUUUCCAGUUUGGAUUCUAAAUGAAAUAUUGUUAUUAUUUAUAUCGCGUUUUAUCGUCUUUGUUAUUGUUGGGAUGAUUGUUGUUCUGCUAGUCAAAGAACAUAUAUAUAUAUAUACACACACACAUACAUAUAUGUAUGCGAAUAUCCGAAUCGAUCGGUCGUAUUUGAUUUGUUAGUUUGUAGAAUUACAAAUGUUAAAAAUCUUCAACUCGUUUUAGCAUUCAAUGCUAAUUUUAAAGUACCACUUGUGAAAUUAAAUAUGGUUUUUUGUAUACAAUAGUGUACGUAUACAUCUAAACCAAACAAUGUCAACUCGAAUAACGAGUUUGUUUUACAGGGAUAUCGUGUAACGUAACGUAUAUGUGAUAGAUAUAUUUGAAUGAAUUAAAUUAAAAUCGAUAAUCUACGAAUGCAUUUGAUAAUGUAUUAUUAAUAAUCGAUUAUCGUGACAACUCGUUGUAUUCAGGGUAGUAACAAAUUCCUUUAAAAACGUCGUUUAAUUAUUACACGAAUAAUUCAGCCGCAAUUGUUACUGGGUUCCUUUAUAAAUUUUGCUUGUUAGAAGUUAACACAUAUUUUGUAUAUAUUUUUUAUACUUUAUUUAUGAAUUUCAAGUAAUAGGUUUUUUAUGAUUUCACGAAAUAAGUAAGAGUAACUAUCUGACGUUAAUGCAAAAAUCGUAGAAGUUUUAUGAUAAAUCAAGAGGUAGAUAUCUGUUAUAAAAUUCACUGAGAAUGAUUCACGAUUCAAUUCGGAAUUGGAUGAGUCAACCUUCAUAAUGAUAUUCAUAGCCAGUUUGUUUGGAAAUUCUUAAAAUUUUUGCAUCAACUAACAAAUGAAUGAUUCUAAUUGGUUUAAAUCAUGAUUAAAUUUUUACCAAUAAUGAACGAAGUUAUUUGUUAACCAAAAACGAUUAUAUAUUGAAUAAAUAAGAAACAAAAAUGGAAAAAAAU